AUGGCAGCCUCCACACCAAGCGCUUGGGGCAAUCGCCAGACCCAGCUGACAUUUGCACAAGUCCUGAGAGGAAAGGCACCAGUAUCAACAAAGAAGGAGGCUCAGAAAGACGACGAUGCCGGCUUGAAGAAGGCUAUCGAGGACGAGCUCGACGCCUUCAACUGGCAGAGCUUCACACAUUCCAUCAACAAGGUCACAGUUUGCCAAGUCCUAAACGCUAUCCAAGCUGCUGGGAAAACGUUCUUUCACCUCGAGGGUCCGAAGAAGGAUGCACAGCCACCUGACCCCCGUAAGUACUCAAAUUAUGAAAAGGCGGCGGUAGAGAGGAGGCGAAGGAAAUACAUGAGUGCAAAGCCUACGGAAUCUUGGAAUAAGACUGUUCACCUGCGGCUCACCGACGCUUCGGUUACCGGUCAACGUAUCGUCGAGGCCCGCCUAGGGGGGAAGUGGAAUCCGCUCCAGGAGAUUCUCAAGAGCCGACCCGUUAUAAACACCGAGCUACGUCCCGGCAUGGAAGGAUAUCGCCAAAUGUCAGAAUGGUGGGAUAAGAACGGCAAGAAGUUUGACUUCUUGGCUCUCCCUGGUGAACUCCGAAAUGCAAUCUACGAGGAACUGGUUUGCGGGCCGGCUUACCCGUAUACGUGGUUACACAAGGGAUUCAUGCCAUCAUGGGAGGAAGACAGAGAAUCCAAGGGCUUGCUCAAAGACAGCGAGCGGGGUCCGACAGGGACGAUAGUGCGGUGUGGGAAAAAUGAAUUCUUUGAAAACGGCACAUUGCGCCACGGAUACGAAGUGCUGAAUGGAGUCGGCAGCCCAACCGGACUACUUCUCGCCAACAAACAAGUCAACCGCGAGCUUAACGAUAUACUGUGGAAGAGCACCGAGUUCCGAUUCAAUUGCAAGAAGAGCAGUUUAGCUCGAUUCACGAGCUCCAUAUCUUCGAUCCAUCGUAAUGCGCUUCAGAAUAUGACUAUUCAUGGCUACCCCAAGAGCAUGGAGAUGGUGCUCGAGGAUGCUCGCCACGCUCUUCCGCGGUUCAAUAUGUCUAUGCGGCUGGAGAUUCGACUGCCGCACCGGCGCAAGUAUGGCCAUCAUUGGGAUAACGGAACCGAUUGGGAUUUUCGAUCAACGUGCUGGCGAGAGACGAUCGGAAUGAUGUUGGUUGGGAUGGAGGACGCGCUUGCUCAUUUCGACACUGGCCAUGUGAAGCUGGCGGGCUGCAUCAGUCCGGACGUCCGCACAAAGUCUCUCCAGUACGUGGGAGAUGUUAAGCAUGGACGCGGACCCAAGAUCUCGGCCUUGCAAGUUUAUAGGAAAUGCGGAGAGAUUGGGGUUUCGACUAGUUUAUGUGUUGAGGAGGACACGCGAGCAUGUGUGGAUAAUUGGUGUAUGUGCCAGGGAGUCCCGCUUCCAGAAGACUACGAUCACACGGCUGAAUAG